AUUUUUUGAAAUUUUUAGGACCUAUGUGUUAUCCUGAGAUGGAAGAAGUUAUAAAUCAUAGGAAAGCUAGAAUUGUUGGAGGUUUCACUGCCGAAGAUAGAUUUGACCAAAUGAGAUUUGUGGCCGAGAUUCAUACUCCUAAAAAACGAUUGUGUCUAGCCACUGUGGUUACCGAAAAACAUUUAAUAACAGCCGCUCAUUGUCUUUACCGUCUACCACAUUUAAGCGAUAUCUUAUUGAUAAUUGGGGAUUUUGACAUUUCAACAACUGAUGAAGUCACCCACGAAGUUCGAUCCAUAAACGAUCUCGUAAUUCAUCCGGAAUUUGAUGGCAGAAGAGCAAAUAAUGACAUCGCACUUAUUGGGAUCGAUCCACCUGUUCAUCUAGGUAAAGAUAUAAAAGCCGCCGUUUUACCUCCUGUAAAUGCACAGCUUCCUAUUGGAACAAUGUGCACCAUCUGGGGGUGGCAAUACUAUCCUUGGACUGGAUACAGAAACGACGCUAAGUAUAUUUUGCAUCGGGUUGACAUUCCACUUGUUUCCAAAGACCAAUGUAGAAAAUAUUAUUAUUCCGUUAAUAAGACCAAACUUUGUGUCGGAGGACGAAAAGGGAUGGCUUCUUGUAAGGGUGAUUCUGGAGGAAGUCUUCUUGUUUGGAUUAACCAUUAUUAUGUCGUUUGCGGAAUCGUUUCGGCUGGAAUUGGAUGUGGAAUGGAGGGUAUACCAAACAUUUAUGCUGAUGUGUCUAGAUACACUGGAUGGAUAUACGGAAUGACCCUGGAUGCAGCUUGCAAACCAAGCAUACAUCGAAAUGCGACCUAUCCGCAGUAAUUUAUGACAAAAAUGUUUCGAUUACACAGCAAUUUAUAAAUGAAAAAUAAACUAAUUGACAAGAAUGAAGGUGUCAUGAAGAAUUUUAUGUAAAACUGGUGUAUAUACUCGUUACACCGAUUUUUUACGCUGUCGAAAAUUGCAUAAGUUAAGUCU